AUGGCUCUGAGAGGUCUCGUAUCAUACUGGAUACUCCCAGUCAUCUCCAGCCUCGUCUGGCUGGGCAUGCUCCUGGGCCUCCUCCUCUACUGGGUCGUCGAUACGAACAGCGAGCAUUACUCUUAUAUGGAUAAGGGCGACAACAUUGCAUUCAUCAGCGACAUUGGUGCGGCCAAGCUGAAGCCCCUCUUCAUCGCCGGAUCGGCCGUCACGACCGUAUUCCUCGAUCUGUCGUUUGCCGCCGAGCGUCUACUGCGUCACAACGGACGGCUCGUGCCCAACACGACGAGGAAAGAAAAGAUUCUUUCAAUCCUGAGCAUCCUUUUUGCCAUCGUCGGCACGUGUGGAUUGAUCCUAUUGUCCAUUUUCGACACUCACCACCACCACCGAGCACACGACGUGUUCCUACUGCUGUUUAUUGCUGGAUAUAUCAUCUCCGCCAUCUUCAUCUGCGCCGAAUACUGGGUGCUGGGUCUAUAUAAUCGCCAUCACCGUAUCCUCCGCAUCUCAUUCUGGGUCAAGAUCACAUUCGUCAUCGUCGAGUUCGUUCUCGCCAUCAUUUUCGUCGCCACCAACUGGAGCAGCAACCAAAACGUUGCCGCCGUCUUUGAAUGGAUCAUUGCCUUUAUUUUCACCUUCUACAUCCUUUCCUUCGUCAUCGACUUGUUACCAGCCGUACGCACAAAAGAUCACACCAUGCGCUUCGUCAAGAACCUCAAGCACGACUUGGAAUCAUCAAACAGCCAAGACGGCAACAACAGCGUUCAGGGCGAGUACCACCAGAACGGCCAUGAGGAAGGUGUUACUCGAUACAACUUUUAA